AUGGCGCCUCCCAAGAUCGAGGCCAAGGAGAUUGAGACGUAUUGGAACAUCUUCUCAGACCGAACAGGGGGUGGUCAAUUCCUCACCGGUGAACAAGCAGCCCCAGUCCUGAAAAACAGUGGUCUUCGCGAUGAUCAGCUAGAGCGCGUGUGGGAUUUGGCCGACGUUGAUAACGAUGGGAACUUGGACUUUGAGGAGUUCUGUGUCGCCAUGCGACUCAUCUUUGACAUUCUGAACGGGGAAUAUGCCGACGUCCCGAAGACGCUGCCAGAUUGGUUGAUUCCGGAGUCCAAAUCCCAUCUUGUUCAGGCGACCCGUGCCAUCGCCGGCAAGCAGCCACAGUUUGAGCAGGUCGAAGAUGACUCAGAUGACGCGGGCUUGAAGGAUGGGUUUGAGUGGUACAUGAAGCCCCAGGACAAAGCAAAAUACGAACACAUUUAUCAAGAGAACCGGGAUAUGCGGGGUGAAGUAUCGUUCAACGCCCUCGAAGAACUAUACGAAUCUCUUGACGUCCCCGACACCGAUGUCCGGUCCGCCUGGAAUCUCGUCAAUCCCUCUGCCGGCUCAACCAUCAACAAAGACGCAUGCCUCGCCUUCCUCCAUAUUCUCAAUUACCGCCACGAAGGCUUCCGCAUUCCCCGUAGUGUCCCAGCCUCACUGCGCUCCAGCUUUGAGCGCAACCAAAUAGACUACCAGCUCGACAACCAACGGACAGGUGCCAACUCACGAUGGGCCAACAAGGCCGACGAUUCCACCUCCACUGGUCGAAAGACCAAGUUUGGGGAACAGUACCUCACACGCCUCGGCCGAAGCGGUUUCAAGACGGCCGGCACCGACUUUUCGACCGAAAAGACGGAAGAUUGGGAAGAGGUUCGGCUGAAGCGACAACUCGCUGAUUUGGAAACCAAGAUUCAAAAAGUUGAGGAUAUGGCCGAGCAACGCAAGGGCGGCAAGAGAGACUCAAAGCCUGCGCUUGUAAGGAGGGAACUUGACCAGCUGCUGGACUACAAGCGCAGAGAAUUGAGAGACUUGGAAGAGGGGAGGGGCAAGAGCGUUGUCGGUUCAAGCCUGAAGAGCGUCUCGGACGAUUUGCAGACAGUAAGAGAGCAAGUGGAAGGUCUGGAGACGCAUUUGAGUUCAAGACAAGCGGUAUUAGACGAUUUGCGGAGACAAAUUGACGCAGAGAAGGCGUAA